CCGGCUGCCGGCGGCCGCCGCAGGAAGGGCCGGCUCCUGCGCUCCCCCGCCCCCUUCCCUGGCCUUCUGCGGACGCUGACGUCGGGUGAGGGAGCCGCAGGGACGCUCCGACCGCGGCCGCGAGGUUCCCGGGGGCCGGGGCUCCGAGGUUUAAUGUAACAUACCCUCUCAUGCUUCAUCCUGCUCCUUCUCCCCAAAUCAUCAACAGUAGAAAAAGAGGAGGAAGACAUGUCAGGACACAAAUGUUAUUCGUGGGAUUUCCAGGAUCGAUAUGUUCAGGAUAAAUCAGUGGUAAAUAAGAUGCAGCAGAAAUAUUGGGAGACGAAGCAGGCUUUCAUCAAAGCCACAGGGAAGAAGGAAGAUGAGCAUGUUGUCGCCUCUGAUGCAGACCUGGACGCCAAACUAGAGCUGUUUCACUCGAUUCAGAGAACCUGUUUGGACUUGUCUAAAGCAAUUGUACUCUAUCAAAAGAGGAUAUGUUUCUUGUCUCAGGAAGAAAAUGAACUGGGAAAAUUUCUCCGAUCCCAAGGCUUCCAAGAUAAAACCAGAGCAGGAAAAAUGAUGCAAGCGACAGGAAAGGCCCUCUGCUUUUCUUCCCAGCAAAGGUUGGCCUUGCGAAAUCCUUUGUGUCGAUUUCACCAAGAAGUGGAGACCUUUCGGCACCGGGCCAUCUCAGAUACCUGGCUGACGGUGAACCGCAUGGAGCAGUGUCGGACGGAGUACAGGGGGGCGUUGUUAUGGAUGAAGGACGUGUCUCAGGAGCUGGAUCCAGACCUCUACAAGCAGAUGGAGAAGUUCAGGAAGGUACAGACACAGGUACGCCUUGCAAAAAAAAACUUUGACAAGUUGAAGAUGGACGUGUGUCAAAAAGUGGAUCUUCUUGGAGCAAGCAGAUGCAAUCUCUUGUCUCACAUGCUAGCGACAUACCAGACUACCCUGCUUCAUUUUUGGGAGAAAACUUCCCACACGAUGGCCGCCAUCCACGAGAGCUUCAGAGGUUACCAGCCAUAUGAGUUCACCACGCUGAAGAGCUUACAAGACCCAGUGAAGAAACUGGUCGAGAAAGAAGAGAAGAGGAAGGUUGCCCAGCAGGACAGUGUAGAAGCACCCAUGCAGGAGUCGAGCCAAUUAAUUUCAUUAGAGGACGAAAACCAGCGCACGGACUCCCCUGGUUUUCAGACUGAAGAUGGAAAAGACGUUUUCUCUGCCUUAGACAGAAGUGCGAUGCAUAGUGCAUGUUCAGGACCCAUAGAUGGACUACUAGACAUGAAAUCUGAGGAAGGCGCUGGCCCGGGCCCCGGGGUGGGGACCCUGGACCCCGAAGGCGCUGACAAGGACGACUUGCUGCUGCUGACGGAGAUGUUCAGCGCGUCCUCCCUGGAGGAGGGCGAGUUCGGCAGAGAGUGGGCCGCUGUGUUUGGAGACGGUCGGCUGAGGGAGUCGGCCGCGGCCGCCGGCCUGGGUGAGCCAGACCUCAAGCUGCAGGCGGGAUCCAGCUUCCUUCCCUCGCAGCUCUUGGACCAGAACAUGAAGGACUUACAGGCCUCGCUGAAAGUGUCGUCUGUGUGUGUUUGGAGGGGGUGGCGGCUCUGUGUUUUUCUUCAGCAACGUUGUAGCCCCAGCCUUGCAGUCCGCCUUGAGGUGUGCGGCAGGGUUUAGGACCUGCUGCCUCACACGGUGUCCGCCCCGCGUGAGCUCCAUCUGUAAUAAAAGGUGAGAGGGGACGUUGUUGGUCUGUGUCUCACUUUGGUUUUAGACUUGUUCGUGGCACGUGCGAGAUGCUCACCGUCACCUACAGGUCAUGGCCGGGGCGGCCACCACCCCCAGGUUCUCCCACAGACCCAGGCAGCCACCUGGCCGCGUUCCCAGACACGCCCCCUCCCUCCCGCUGUGCACUGAGGACACCACAGUGGCCUCUGAACUCUUCCUUCAAUCUAAGUUCUUUCCUGCCCUGUCUGCUCUCCCUCUGCCCCACCCACCCUGCCUCAAGCCUCCCCUUAGCUCAGCUGUUUGGUCCUGCCUGUGAAACGCCACCAAACAGCGCCUCCCCAGCCACAGCAAAAACAGUCAUCGCGCCAAUCAAAAAGGGUGGGCAGCGUCAUGUGUAAGGCUCAUGGUACCCCAGAGCUGGCCUGCAGGCCAGAGCUCACCGAGAAAUGCAGGCGUGGGCAGCACACUGGUGUAAAAGAACUGGUGUCAAGAACAAGGGGCUGGCAUCAUGGCACAGCCAUUACACCAACACCACAUCCUAUAUCGGAGCCCGGGUUCAAGUCCAGGUUGCUCUGGUUCCAGUCCUCUCUGAGAGGGAGGGGGAGGAA